CUGUGCAGAGGCAAAAAAGAGGAAAAGAGGAACGAACGUCGGUUCUCUUCUCGAUUCAACACACUUGUCCAAUUUCAUUGCGUUUGCGAUUAUUUUCUACUCAAAAGCCACAACAUAUGCAUCGUAACUUAAUUCAACAACAACUGUGAUCGCCAAACAUCAGAAAGCAACAAAAAAUACACGUCAAGAAUUGCCAAACGUUCCCACACUCUCAAUCGACACAGAUCAGCCACCGUGUCGAUAGAUCCGAGCAGCAGCUAGAAAGAAGGGAAGCAGAAAUUGGAAGCGGAGACAAAGAAUCCGAGUCGAAGAGUCCGUAGUUCAGAGAGGAAGAAUCAAACGCCAGCUAUGGUCAUGGAUGCGACCCAAUCGCAGCAGCCUUCGCCGCAAUCUGUGGGACGCGAGUUUGUCCGCCAGUACUACACGCUGUUGAACAAGGCGCCCAACCACUUGCAUCGCUUCUAUAACCACAACUCGUCGUACAUCCAUGGAGAGUCCAAGCUGGUGGUCGGUCAGCGGGAGAUCCACAACCGAAUCCAGCAGCUGAACUUCAACGAUUGCCACGCGAAGAUCAGCCAGGUUGAUGCCCAGGCCACUUUGGGCAACGGUGUGGUGGUUCAGGUCACCGGGGAGCUAUCCAAUGAUGGCCAGCCGAUGCGGCGUUUUACCCAGACGUUCGUUCUGGCCGCUCAGUCGCCGAAGAAGUACUACGUGCACAACGACAUCUUCCGCUAUCAGGAUCUCUACAUCGAGGACGAGCAGGAUGGCGAGUCGCGAUCGGAGAACGAUGAGGAGCACGAUGUGCAGGUCGUCGGUGGCACUGUGGAUCAAGCUGUGCAGGUGGCCGGCGAUGUAGUUGCCCAGCAGCCGCAGCAACAGCAGGCUCCUCCGCAGCCACAGGCUCAGGUCGUGGUGCCCCAGCAGGUAGCUCCUGUAGCGGCCGGUGGUGCUGCCCCACAGCAGAUCUUCUACCCAUUGCCAGCGGGUGCUGCCGCCGGACGUCCUGUGGCUGUUUUGCCACCAGCUCCGCAAGCCGCUGCUGUUCCACUGCCCGCGCAGUUCACCGUUCCGCCGCCACAGCCCAUCCAGAACGGUGUGGUGUCGCACGAGGAGCUGCAGCAGCAGCAGGUGCUGGUCCCACCCAGCGUGUCUCCCCUGGUACAGCAGCAGCAGCCGACCGGCACGCCUGUGUUGCCCAUUGUUCCAGUGCCAAGCGCGGGCUUCCAACAGUCGCCACUGGUGGCACCACAGCUCAUCCAGCAGCAGCAGCAGCAGCAACCGGCACAGCUGCCCCCGCAGCAGCAGCAGCAGCAGCAACCUAUCCAGCAGCAGCAGCCUUUGCAACAGCAGCAACAACCGCUGGCUGAGCCCGAGGAAGUGGAGGUGGCGCCAAGGCAGCAGAAGCCUCCCACGCCCGUCGAGGAUUUCAAGACCAUUCACGAGCAGCAGCAGCAGGAGAAGUACGAGGCCGCCAAGCAGCAGCAGAAUGAGCCCAAGACGUACGCGAAUCUCUUCAAGUCCACGUCCUCCUCGCCCAGCGGCUUUGUGAACGCCGCACUGCAGCAGCAGCAACAGCUCCAGCAGCAACAGCAGCAGCAGCAGUCCAUCAGCAGCAACACCUAUAACUCUUCCUCGGCAACCUCGGGUGGCGGUAAUGGCAGUCAGGUUAGCUACUCCACCACCGCUUCGUCGUACAACAACAGCAACGGCAACUCGCGACUGGACAACGGUGGCCCGCUGCCGCAGCGAAACAACUCGAUCCGCAACAACAAGGGUGACUUUGAGCAGCGUCGCUCGAGCAACACGCAGCAGUUCGGUGAUAAUCAGCAGCUGUUUUUGGGCAAUAUACCGCACCACGCCAGCGAGGAUGAUCUGCGCGAGAUCUUCUCACGCUUCGGAAAUGUCCUGGAGCUGCGCAUUUUGUCCAAGGCUGGCAACAAGGUGCCACCAGGCAUGCGCAGUCCGCUGAACUACGGAUUCAUUACCUACGACGAUCCUGAGGCGGUGCAAAAGUGCCUGGCGAACUGCCCCCUAUACUUCCCGGAGAACUCACCCGAUGGCCAGAAGUUGAAUGUGGAGGAGAAGAAGCCGCGUGUCCGCAACGACAUGGUGCCGCGCCAGCAGAUCGGUGGCAACAACCUGAACAACAACAUGGGCCGUUUGGGCGGCAACAAUGGUCCGCAGUCGCGUCCGAUGGGCAACAACAAUGGCAGCGGCGGUGGCAUGAUGCGCAACAAUGCCGGUGGCAACAAUCUGCGCCAGGGCGGCGGCGGAGGAAACGGUGCUCCUCGCCUGGGAGGCGGCGGUGGAUUCGGACAGCGCCAGGAUAACCGCACCGGUGGCGGCAACAACCAGUCUAACGGACCGCUGCGCGGUGCCGGAAAUGGACAGAGUGGUGGUGGCAACUACGGACGUCGCUAAGGGAAUUGUCCAGCAGCACGACAUCAGCAAAAGCAUCAACAAAUGAGCAACGGCAGCAGUAGCGACUAUAACAUCAAGAACAGCAGCAACAACCCAACGUUAAAAACAUCGACUUCUUCCACAAUGCAAUCAAUCAAUUACAUUCAAGAACAUCUCAUGCAAUUAAACACACGCAAAUCACACACUCAUACACUAAGAUAAAGUAGUUGGAGCAACAUAAAACGUCAACUGUCCUUUAAAUGUUCCUGAGCGCAACUCUCGGGGCGUCGAACUACAAACAAAAAAGAAGGAAAGAAAGAUAGGAUGUAAAGAGUUGCGUCAACGGUCCUGAGUCCCUUCUUAGUUUAAUUGCGUUAGGCUCGCUUUUUCCAGCCAGUUCGUGCCAAAAUAUACCGAAAUUCUGUGCAAAUCUUCGUUGUGAAUCCAAAAACUAAAAGAAUGUAAGCUUCAGCUCGGCAACUGCUACUCUCUACCACCCACCACCCACUCACGGAAUCAACUUCACCUUGAAACACGUGUAUUAAAUUUAAGUCUCAACCAAGCACACCCACAAAACACUCAUCGCAAAACACACGAUCGCACACAAAAGCCAACACAAGAUACAUACACUCACCCAUUUUAGCAUAAAUGUAAACUUUAGUUUCAGCUUUUGUUUGGCAUUAACCUUCAACUAAAAUCUAUCUUAAGUACGCAAGAUGCAAGAAAUUGGUUUGAUACGAAGGAAAGGAGCAAUGCAACACAUUUUUGUUUGUUUUUUCAUUGAAUAACACCAUUACUUAAGCUAAAAACAAAAAAAUAAUUAAAAGGGAAAACUUACACACUUAGCUAAAAAGAUAUAAAGAGAAGUAAAAGAGAAAAAAAAAAACAGAAAAAAAAAUGAAAAACCUUUGUAAAAUGCAAUAAAAAAGAGCAAAAGAAAGACUUGAAAAAAUUAAUUUAAAAACUAAAAAAAAAAAUGGAAUGUAAACACGAGAAAAAUGUAAGGCGCGGUUAAAAACAAGCAAAAAUAAGAUCACGAUAAGCAAAGCAAGCACACAAGAACACAAACCUCUUUAAAAAAACAUUGAAAAUGAAAGGAAAAUCAAUUGAGCACCAAGCCGCAAGGAGGAAAAGCGAGGAAAACACAAACACACAUCGACGUCGACGUUUAGCGCCCCAGAAAGAAAGUCCGCCGCAUUUUAGAGCCUGUAAACCUUUUGCUACUUAAAUCUAAUUUGCAGACUAGCUAGUCUAUAUAGGUAUCGUAUCGGUUCGAAACGGUUCGGUUCGCUUCGAAUCGGUUUGGAUCGGAAGAGUGUGGAGAUGAGAGCGUGUGAUGAGGGCAAAUGCGGUGCCGGCGCCGCAGGUGGGUGCGUGUUCGAUGCAAUCGAUGGUCAGGAAUAAACGGACGGACGGACGGUCAGUGUUUUCGCUUUUCUUUUAUUCGUUCUGUGUAAUAAGUUCAAGGUCGUAAACCAAACUAAGUCAAGCAACUUAAACGAUUUGGUGUUUCCAACGCAGUUGUGAACUAAAAUUUAGUACAUAUUUUUUAAAUAAAAUCAAGAAAAGCCCAAAAAAAGAAUGAAACGAAAUGAGUAGAGAAGAUGUGAAGCAUAUAAACACACAAGAACCUAUUAUAAUAAAUAGUUGGGGGACGAGACACAAGCUACUAACAUUUUUCUCAAGGUAAAACAAGCAAAACAUGUAACAACAAAUAUAUACAAAAUAUAUAUAAACAAAACAAAAACUCAUAUAAUUUAAUGUUAACUUUUAGACUUACCAGAAAUCUAAAUAUACAUAAAUAUAUAUAUAUAUAUAUUUAUAUAACUGCUGCUGCAAAAUAAAAAUAAGGCAGAAAAGCGAUUAGGAAACUGAAAACAUUAAAUUCGUGUGAGCAUCAUUUGAGUUUUGUCGCAGGCGUCCAAAUAUAUAUAAUUGCCCAAGUUAUUCUUGUUUUGUUAAAGCUUAAGGACUUUUAAUUCGUUGGGAACAUAUCAUUUGUUUUUGUUGUUCGACGCCUGCCCUAGAGAAUCAAUUGCUAAAUCAAUUACAAUCGCAAUUUCCACAACUAUUUCUAUAUAACACCACGCAUUUCUAGCACUGUGAACAGGGUCUAAAGCAAUUUUAGUGCAUUUUUUGUAAAACGAAAGUGUUAGUGUUCAAACCUUAGCUCAACGAUCAGUGCUGAAAGUGCUCCGUGGCCAGCAACAACAUCAUAGAAAUAAUAAACAAACAAAAAAAAAAAUAAGAAACAUGAAAACAGCAUCAAACAAUACAAUACAAAUCAGAGGUACUAACUAAAUCGAUGUAAGAGUAAACGAAAAACAAACAAUUAGAGUUCAUGCUCAUUUCUAAGUAAACCGAUGAAAUCACAAUACUGCAGUUUGUAAAGAGUACAGAGAAAAGGAGGGAAACACUUAAUUAUAAUUUAAUUUAUAUGUGUACAACUACAAAAUAACUAUAAUAAUAAAAACCAAUCACAAAGAUUCAGCGUGUUUACCAGAAAACUUAUGAUUUUGUUUCAUUUCAAAAAAAAAAAAAAAAACACACACACACAUUUGUUUUGGAUCGGUUCGUAUUUCCUUUUCUGGUAAAUGCGUUUAAAAGAAACACCAAGUCGUAGAUUUAGAAAUCUGAAAGGAAAAACUCACAAGGAUAUGUAAUUUUACUUAUCAAGGCGACUUUACUUAUCCAGCGACUGAAUCCAAUUCCCAUUUGCCUUUGUGUUGAAACAACUGAAGAACUACUGAGCAUUCAGCAUUUAAAUGAAAUUGAUGCGCACAAAGCCGAGCAAUCGAUAGCAAUUUGCAUAAUUUUAAUUAAUAACAAGCCAGUCGAAGAAGCCAGCCCACAAAAUUCCAGUCACAAUUCAUUGGUGCGUUUUAUAGCGUUUCAGAUAUAAAACAUUUGCGAAAAAUCAAUUCACUCAUGCAAUACAUGCAAUACUUUAAAUGGAAACAAACAUAAAAAAAAAACCAACAG